CGUCCAAUCCUGUGUGCACAGUGUAAUUCCCAAAUAUCAAAACACAGAGUGGGAUGGGCUCGACAGUCAGACUCGUGAUGAGCACUGGAGUAACGAGGGACUCGUUGUGGUGUCCGUGAUUUAGGCUACACCCGCAUCCUUUGCAACUGGGGGGAUCAUCACCAAACAUCCAGAUCCAAAGGGGGAAAACACAGCGUUAAGCACAAUGGGACCAUUCCAGGAAUACGAGGAAAAGAAGUCACCAGGGAAGGAGAGCCCCCGCAGCCGCAUCCCACGCUUGAUCCUCCAUCCUUUCCACCCUCAUGAGAAAGGGUCACCCUUGUCCGAAUCACCCAUUUCAGAGGAGGAGGGUAAGGACUGUGACAUCAGCUCGGACAACUCCAAACGGACCAUCAGCUUUUGCUCAGAUGACACUGGCUGCCCCAGUAGUCAGUCUGUGUCCCCCUCCAAAACCCUGUCAGGGUCAGACAACAGUCCACAUGGCUCCCCCACGCCCACUGCCAAGUGCAAGACCAAGGUGAAGAGGGUGAGGGUGAUAGCAGAUUGGCACGCACCACCGCCGAGGCACAAGAGGGAGCAGCGGUCAUCCACAUUGCCCAGAGGUAGCGAGGCAGACUUCAGCUCCUCCAGCAGCACGGGCAGCCUAAAGAGAGGGGAGAGCCUGGUCCACAACUCCACAGGGAAGAAGAUCUCCUCACGCAGUCGUGGUGCCCACAUCAGGAGCCUCCCGAUGUUCAAGCUGGCAGGGAGCCCCUCAGCAUCCCAUGAUGCAGAGCUCUAUGCCCCGUACAGGACAGUCCCCUCAUCCACCAACAGCAGCAGCAACUCCAGCCCCACAAUACCCUCCAGGAUGACCCCCGGACGUUACCACUCCUGUGGGGACAAGCAUGGACUCGGACCCAAUCCAGAGCAGUAUCUCACCCCCCUGCAACAAAAGGAGGUGGCCAUUCGCCACCUGAGGAGCAAGCUGAGGGAAGCGGAGAACACAGUCCACGACAGGGAGUCUGAGAUCGAGGAGCUCAAGUCCCAGCUGGGCAGGAUGAGGGAGGACUGGAUCGAGGAGGAGUGCCACCGCGUAGAGGCGCAGCUGGCCCUGAAGGAGGCACGCAAGGAGAUCAAGCAGCUCCGGCAAGUUGUGGAGACCAUGAAGAGCAGUCUGAUGGAGAAGGACAAGGGCAUCCAGAAGUACUUUGUCGACAUCAACAUCCAGAACCGCAAGCUGGAGUGCCUACUGCACAGCAUGGAGAUGGCCCAGAGCGGCUCCACGCUGCAAGACGAGCCAACCAUGGACUUCAUCUGUGGUGACUCCCCUGUCAAUGACAAGCAGGGGGAGGUGGGUGACCAGGUGGUGGAGGAGAUGGCAGACGGUGGGCUGCUGGUCAACGACAACCUGGCGCAUGUGCUCAUGUCCACAGCAGUGGACUCUAGCGGUAAGCUACGCUGCCACCCAGAGGCUGGUCCUGGGGUGUCCACUCUACUCCACAGUCUGGAGGAGGAGAAGAUUGCACCACUGCCUCCACCACCCUCCAACACGUUCUGCUACAGCACACUCCCCUUCCCUGCUCCAGUGGAGAAGGCCGUUCAGACUGAGAUGGUGUCCUUCCCUCCUGACCUGCACGUCCUCCUGCUGCAGCUGCUGAAGUUCCAUGGUGGUGCAGUUGGAGAUGCUCUCCUUCCAGCUUCUACCAGCCUCCUAGAAAUCCCAGCACAGCAGGGCCCAGACUUGGCCCCUAUCCCGUCCACCUUAAGCCUGCCUAGCUCCUGCCAGCCCAUCCCAGUUCUGCCAGCGAGCCCUUACAUGUUAAGUAAUUCAGGGCUGUGUUGCUCAGACCCUGAGGUGAUCUCCAUGCGCUUCAUGGAGGAGCUGGAUUUUGAGGUGAGCAGUGAGGAGCCCUGCAAGGCCCUCGAGAUGGCUGUGGUCAACAAAAGCUAUUGGAGCAGCAGCUUCCUUGUUGAUCUUGUUGCUGUGGCCGUACCAGUGUUGCCCACGGUGGCCUGGCUGUAUUCCCGGCAUGGCGUGGAUGGGGCGGCGCCAGUCUACAACAUCGCAGCAUUGAUCCGUGGCUGUUGCAUCAUGGGAUUGCACUCUCUCCGUCACGUCACUCAUCAUGGGGCAGAUGUGUAACGGUCUCCGACCCCCGCAUGCACAGCCCGACCCCUCAACUUAAGGCACUUCCACAUCUGUUAAUCAAAGAGUAUUUGUGGAUCUUUAGUUUUUCUACACUUGUGAAUAUUAAUGCUACAGUUAUUACUUUAGGUUCCCACGUGUUUACUUUGCACUGUGUACAGUUGUUGGUGUGAAGUCAUUGUUUAUGGUCAAGGGAUUUUGUUAAUUGUAUUUAUUUUCCCUCUGUUCUCUUAUCAUAAUUGUGUAUAAUCCGAGUAGGUGGUUAUGCAUCAUUGAUGUCCUGGGCUGGCACUAGUUACCCCUACUUAAAGCAACCAUGUUUAUUUUAUUUAAAGUAUUAGGAUUUCUGAGGGUGGGGAUGAAAUUGAAUGUUAGUUUGAUCAAGUGUUUGUAAUGGUUUAUGUUCCAAAAUAAUCUUAAACCUGCAGCCAAAGCUUUAUUAAUGAACGUUCAGUCUUUAUUUUUCUACCUGGAAGUAGAGUGUACAUGUGUAACAAAUUGUUGAUAGGUGUAUGAGAACAACGCUUCAAAACAACCCAUACUUGUUUGUGCCUGAGCUACUGUGUGUAAUACUCUUAACAUCAAAUGUCCUAAUAUAUUUACUAUUAAAGCAUGAUAAUCCCA